AACAGAUUUUUGCAUUUUAAUGUAUUUUAUAACUAUAUUUUAGUAUUUUUGAAAAUAUUAUGCCUGUGUUUACAGACACCUCCGUCCCGCUCAUCCUUACCAUGUCUCCAGUAGAUUUCUUGACUUGAAACACUUCUUUUUGCAACCAAACCUUCUCCGUUUCAUUUAUAAUUUUAAACCGAUUUUUUUCACUGAAUAUUUGAAAUUAUUGUAGUUUCUUAUGAUGCGUUUGCUCAAGAUCACCCCCUCGGACACAAUCGAGUUUCCUCUUCUCCUAUAUACUCCACUAACUACUGUUCUUAAGCUCGAGAACGUAUCAGCGGAAUUUGUGGCGUUUAAAAUCAAGACUACAACUCCAAAGGGGUAUUUGGUUAGGCCGAGUACAGGUGUUAUAAGGCCCGGAGAAAGUCAAGAUGUUCAAAUCAUACUUCAGCCUCUUACCGAGGCACCUAAGGUUGUAAAUGAUCGUUUUCUUGUGCAAUUUGUAGUUGUACCAAACGAUGAUCCCGUACCAAAGGACCUUUGGACCCAUGUCAAGAAUAGUAUCCAAGACCAUAGAUUAUCCGUCGGUUUCCUCAAGGAGAAUAACGUAUCUGUACAAUCCACGGGAAGCCAAUAUGGAAUACCCCCAAAAAUCGCUGCUAGACUUAUCUCGCCCCAAUCUUCGAAUGUAGACCUACCAGAGCUAAGGCAAAAGUAUGAUGAACUGGUUCAGUAUGUAUUAUCAGUUGAGAAGUUAAAGAGUAAUUUGCUGAAGGAGAACGAACAGCUAAGGCAAAAGCUGCAACUAAACCCAGGGAGUAAAAUGAGCAAUAAAAUCACACUGGAAGUGUGGCACGUCCCAGUUCUGAUCAUACUAUUUGUAGUAUUACUCAAAGUAUUCGGCCAUUUCUAGCACUUCAUCUAAUGUAUAUAGUGAUACAA